AUGACGCGGUCCACUGAGAGCAUGGAGCCCGAGAAAGCUCACACACAGAACAGCUUCUUCAUCAAGGCCGACGUGCCAGAUCAUGCACACUACGUGGUGGCAGCCUUCGUCCUGGUCAUCGGCACGCUGGGUGUCGCGGGCAACGCGCUUGUCAUGUUCGCCUUCUACAGCAACAAAAAGCUUCGCAGCUUGCCCAAUUACUUCAUCAUGAACCUGGCAGUCAGCGAUUUCCUCAUGGCCUUUACGCAGUCGCCUAUUUUCUUCAUCAACUGCCUUUACAAGGAAUGGGUGUUUGGCGAGAUGGGUUGCAAGAUGUAUGCGUUCUGUGGCGCAUUGUUCGGCAUCGCCUCCAUGAUAAAUCUGCUGGCCAUCUCCAUCGACCGCUACCUGGUGAUCACCAAGCCACUGCAGGCCAUCCACUGGAGCUCCAAGAGAAGGACCACUCUGGCUAUCGUCUCCGUCUGGUUGUACUCGCUGGCCUGGAGUCUGGCGCCUCUCGUCGGAUGGAGCUCUUACAUCCCUGAGGGCCUGAUGACAUCGUGCACUUGGGAUUAUGUCACAUACACGGCGGCCAACAGGAGCUAUACCAUGAUGCUCUGCUGCUUUGUUUUCUUCAUCCCACUCCUCAUCAUCUUCUACUGCUACGUCUUCAUGUUUCUGGCUGUCAGGAAAACCAGCAGGGAGGUGGAGCGACUAGGCACCCAAGUGAGGAAAUCCACAUUGAUCCAUCAGAAAUCUAUCAGGAGCGAAUGGAAGCUGGCCAAGAUCGCCUUUGUGGUUAUUGUUGUCUAUGUCCUCUCCUGGUCACCAUACGCCUGCGUCACGCUCAUUUCAUGGGCCGGGCAUGCAAACAUCUUGUCGCCAUACUCCAAAGCUGUUCCUGCCAUCAUAGCGAAGGCCUCCACUAUCUACAACCCUUUCAUCUACGCCAUCAUUCAUAAUAAGUAUAGGAUGACCCUGGCGGAGAAAUUUCCCUGCUUGUGGUUUCUGUCUCCCACCCCUCGAAAGGAGUGCAUCUCCUCCUCUUCCAUCAGUGAGUCCUCCUUCAGGGAUUCCAUCAUCAGUCGGCAGUCCACCGCGUCGAGAACUCAUUUCAUCAGCGCGUCCUCCAAACCCUCUGAUAUGGUUCCAAGGGAUGUGGAGAUGGAGCCUUUAGGCAGGAAGUCGGGUGAUUCCUUCAGGAGCAUGUCUUCCUAUCAUCAAUCCAGCAGAGGCAGUUCCUGUAGGAGAUCCUCGGAGCGCAAGACCCAUAAAGGGGAAAAGCAUCCAUCUACCAUGAAUGAGUCAUCUGGGAACUGUGACCAUGAACUGGUUUCUAGCACUCUUACCAGCGCCACUUUACCCCUGCUAGUUCUUACCAGGAGGCGUAGUCGAAGUCUGACCCACAGAGACUCGGACAGGGCAAGAGGCUCUCCCAACAGUUCACGGGGGUGCAAAAGCAACUCGGCCGACUCCCUGUGCAUCGAGCGAGUCGCAUCCGCGGAGCCGCCGCCGUCCCAGCAGCAGGGCAUCCCUCGCAUUGUCGUCAUCAGCCCCACAACUGAGAGCAGACUAGUCCAACAGGACAGCCUCUGCUUGGAGGAGGCCAUGGCAAACAACGUUUUGAUUAGUCUGAACUUCUCAUCAGAAGUGUUAGAGGCAGUGGAGUUGCUAUCCUGA